AUGUCGGUGCCUCCACAAGCAUUUGUAAAUAAAAAUAAAAAACACUUUCUCGGUAUUCCAGCACCUCUUGGAUAUGUAGCAGGUGUUGGUAGAGGUGCUACCGGGUUUACUACUCGAUCUGAUAUUGGGCCAGCCAGGGAUGCCAAUGAUGUCUCUGAUGACCGCCAUGCUCCACCAGCAGCAAAGAGAAAAAAAACUGAUGAAGAAGACGACGAUGAAGACUUGAAUGAUUCCAAUUAUGAUGAGUUUUCUGGAUACAGUGGAUCUUUAUUUUCCAAGGAUCCCUAUGACAAAGAUGAUGCUGAAGCUGAUGCUAUUUAUGAAUCAAUUGAUAAACGAAUGGAUGAGAAAAGAAAGGAAUACAGAGAGAAACGUCUUAAAGAGGACCUGGAAAGAUAUCGUCAAGAGAGGCCCAAAAUACAGCAGCAGUUUUCGGAUCUUAAAAGAGAAUUAAAGAUGGUAUCUGAAGAUGAAUGGUCAGCUAUACCAGAAGUGGGUGAUGCACGAAACAGAAAGCAAAGGAAUCCGAGAGCUGAGAAGUUUACACCAUUACCAGAUAGUGUUCUGUCACGGAAUCUUGGUGGAGAGUCAACGUCAUCUAUUGAUCCAACAUCUGGAUUGGCAUCCAUGAUGCCUGGACUGGCAACACCUGGAAUGUUAACACCUUCUGGUGACCUGGAUCUUAGAAAAAUAGGUCAAGCCCGAAACACUCUCAUGACAGUGAAGCUGUCACAAGCAUCAGAUUCUGUCACUGGACAGACUGUAGUUGAUCCAAAAGGCUAUUUGACUGACCUACAAUCCAUGAUACCGACUUAUGGAGGAGAUAUUAAUGAUAUAAAGAAAGCCAGGCUCUUGUUGAAAUCAGUUAGAGAAACAAAUCCUAAUCACCCACCGGCUUGGAUUGCUAGUGCUAGAUUGGAAGAAGUUACAGGAAAGAUCCAAGCGGCUCGUAACCUUAUAAUGAAGGGUUGCGAAGUUAAUCCCAGUAGUGAAGAGUUGUGGUUGGAAGCCGCCCGUUUACAACCCCGGGACACAGCCCGGGCCGUUAUUGCGCAUGCGGCGCGUAAUUUACCACACAGUGUUAGAGUUUGGGUCAAAGCUGCCGAUUUGGAACAGGAGCCUAAGGCAAAACGUCGUGUAUUCCGCAAAGCGUUAGAACACAUACCAAACUCCGUACGUCUUUGGAAAGCGGCCGUUGAACUGGAGAAUCCAGAAGACGCUCGCAUUUUAUUAUCGAGAGCAGUGGAAUGUUGUCCCACAAGUGUCGAGUUAUGGCUCGCAUUGGCUAGAUUGGAAACAUAUGAGAAUGCAAGGAAAGUACUCAAUAAAGCCCGGGAAAAUAUACCAACGGAUAGACAGAUUUGGGUCACCGCUGCUAAGCUGGAAGAAGCGCAUGGUAACACACAUAUGGUGGAGAAAAUCAUAGAUCGUGCGAUUUCGUCCCUAAGCGCUAACGGAGUUGAGAUCAACCGCGAACACUGGUUCAAGGAGGCCAUGGAAGCCGAAAAAUCUGGCGCAGUUAAUACUUGUCAGGCAAUUAUUCGGGCGGUAAUCGGACAUGGGAUUGACCCAGAAGAUCAAAAGCACACAUGGAUGGAGGACGCUGAAGCGUGCGCAAACGAAAAUGCAUAUGAGUGCGCACGAGCUGUUUACGGGUACGCGUUAUCGGUAUUCCCGUCUAAGAAGUCAAUAUGGCUUCGAGCAGCGUACUUAGAAAAGCAGCAUGGAAGCCGAUCAAGCCUCGAGGCUUUGCUGCAGAGGGCCGUGGCCCAUUGCCCCAAGUCUGAAGUGCUUUGGCUCAUGGGGGCCAAGUCUAAGUGGUUGGCUGGUGACGUUCCAGCUGCAAGAGGUAUCCUAUCUUUAGCUUUCCAAGCCAAUCCUAAUUCAGAAGAGAUCUGGUUGGCCGCGGUGAAGUUGGAGAGUGAGAACAAAGAGUAUGAUAGAGCGAGACGGCUGCUUGCUAAGGCUAGGGCAUCUGCACCUACACCUAGGGUUAUGAUAAAAUCAGCGAAACUGGAAUGGGCUCUUAACAAUUGCGAUGAGGCAUUAAAGCUAUUGGAUGAAGCCAUAAAGGUGUUCAGUGAUUACGCUAAGUUGCACAUGAUGAAGGGGCAGAUUGAGGAGCAGCUCGGACGCGAUGAUGACGCCCAUAACACUUAUACGCAGGGGUUGAAGAAAUGUGCGACGUCCGUUCCUAUGUGGAUUUUAUUAUCAAGACUAGAAGAAAAACUCAAACACGUCACCAAAGCGAGGUCUGUACUCGAAAAGGCGAGAUUAAGGAAUCCAAAGAAUGCGGAAUUAUGGUUAGAAAGUGUAAGGCUGGAACGUCGCAAUGGAAGCGCGGAGAUAGGGAACGCCGUGAUGGCGAAAGCAUUACAGGAGUGCGGAAAUGCUGGACGGCUUUGGGCUGAAGCGAUAUUCAUGGAGUCAAGACCGCAGCGGAAAACCAAAAGUGUGGAUGCGUUAAAGAAAUGCGAACACGACGCGCACGUACUUCUCGCCGUGUCGCAACUCUUUUGGACGGAACGGAAACUUAACAAGUGUCGAGAGUGGUUUAAUAGAACGGUAAAAAUUGACCCGGAUUUGGGUGACGCAUGGGCGUUUUAUUACAAAUUCGAACUCCUUCACGGUAAUGAACAGCAACAGGAAGAUGUCAAAAAUCGAUGUAAGACAGCUGAGCCUCACCACGGUGAAUAUUGGUGUCAAGUGUCAAAAGAAAUAGCUAAUUGGUGCUUUAGUACUGAACAAAUAUUAUUAUUAGUCGCUAAGAAUUUACCUGUACCAACGUAA